CCACAUAUGAUAUCUAUGUAAACAAGCGACGGCUACGCGUUGGGCAAUGCGCACUUUGCGCAGUGGACGUCGCAGGUCUUUCAUUGAAACGCACUUAUAAAUUAGCACUGAAACGUAUUUAAUCGUUGUGCGCACUAAAAGAAGAGGGGCGUCGCAUACUUGUUAGUAACAAGAGAAUGGGGCGGAAAGUCAUUCUUGCCACGUGUUCGUUGAAUCAAUGGGCGUUGGACUUUGACGGCAACUUUGAGAGAAUACUGAAAAGUAUUGAGAUCGCUAAAGAAAAUGGAGCCAAAUACAGACUGGGCCCAGAGCUGGAAAUAUGUGGAUAUGGAUGUGCAGACCACUUUCAUGAAUCGGAUACAUUGUUACACUCUCUUGAAGUUCUCAAGAAACUUCUAGUAUCUCCCAUCACUGAGGACAUCAUCUGCGACGUGGGGAUGCCCAUCAUGCAUCGCAAUGUGCGUUACAACUGCCGGGUGAUAUUUCUCAACAGGCAGAUUCUACUGAUUCGACCAAAGAAGUUGAUGGCGAACCACGGCAUGUACAGAGAGAUGCGCUGGUUUGCACCUUGGACAAAGUUUCGGACUGUAGAGGAGUACUUCCUGCCAAGAAUGAUCCAGCAGGUUACAGGGCAGGAUAUAGUCCCAUUUGGAGACUGUGUGCUCUCUACCAAGGAUACCUGUAUUGGUACAGAGAUGUGUGAAGAGUUAUGGUGUCCUUCUAGCCCUCAUAGUCAGAUGGGCCUUGAUGGGGUGGAAAUUUUUACAAAUUCCUCUGCAAGCCAUCAUGAGCUCUGCAAGGCUGACCAAAGACUCAACUUGAUCAAGUCAGCCACCACAAAGAGUGGAGGCAUCUACCUAUAUGCAAAUCAGAGGGGGUGUGACGGAGACAGACUGUAUUAUGAUGGCUGUGCCAUGGUGGCUAUCAAUGGGGACCUUGUGGCGCAUGGAGCACAGUUUUCCUUGAAUGAUGUGGAGGUGAUAACGGCCACUUUGGACUUGGAGGAUGUGCGUUGUUAUAGAGGAGAGACGUGUCAGCUGCAGAUGGGGAGUGAAUCCAAACCCUGCCAUAGGAUCAAAGUAGACUUUUCUCUGUCCAGUCAUGAUGAUAUCUGCCUGCCCACCUACCAACCGAUGACAUGGCACUUGCAUAGCCCAGAGGAAGAAAUCAGCCUCGGGCCUGCCUGCUGGCUGUGGGAUUACCUAAGGAGGAGUGGACAGGCUGGCUUUCUGUUGCCUUUGAGUGGAGGUGUUGAUAGCUCAGCUGUUGCAUGCAUUGUCUACUCUAUGUGCGUACUGGUCUGCCAGGCUAUAGAAAAUGGCAAUAAACAAGUACUGCAAGAUGUUCGCAGGUUAGUUGGUGAUGACAACUACUUUCCUCAGCAGCCAAGGGAGCUCUGUGGUUUGAUUUUUACUACAUGCUACAUGAGCAGUGAAAACUCUUCAGUGGAUACUUUCAACCGUGCCAAGGAGUUGGCAGGACAAAUUGGGAGCACACAUAUGAAUGUAAAUAUAGGCGUGGUGGUAAAAGGCAUUCUGGGUAUUUUCUCAAUGGUUACUGGGAGGUGGCCUCAAUUCAGUGCCAAUGGAGGAAGCCACAGGGAAAACUUAGCGCUACAGAAUGUACAGGCUAGGGUGAGGAUGGUCCUGGCUUACUUGUUCGCACAACUUAGUCUGUGGAGUCGAGGAAAACCAGGAGGCUUGCUGGUGCUGGGUUCUGCCAAUGUAGAUGAGAGUCUUACAGGUUAUUUUACAAAGUAUGACUGCUCCAGUGCUGAUAUCAAUCCAAUUGGAGGGAUUAGCAAAAAUGACCUCAAGGGCUUUCUACUAUACUGUGUUGGGCAAUUCCAGCUCACAGCUCUGACAAGCAUCCUGGCUGCUCCACCAACGGCUGAACUUGAGCCUCUGACUGAUGGACAGGUGUCGCAGACAGAUGAGGCUGACAUGGGAAUGACCUACUCUGAAUUGUCAGUCAUUGGACGACUAAGGAAAAUCUCAAAAUGUGGACCUUUCAGUAUGUUUUGUAAACUCGUUCACACGUGGAAGGAUGUGCUGUCACCCUCAGAGGUUGCAUAUAAGGUUAAGCACUUCUUCAGGAUGUACUCGGUGAACCGCCAUAAGAUGACAACAGUGACUCCAUCCUACCAUGCUGAGAGCUAUAGCCCUGACGACAAUCGCUUUGACCUCCGGCCGUUCCUCUACAACACACUCUGGAGCUGGCAAUUUCGGUCUAUUGACAGUCAGGUAUCACAUAUCACAGCAAAGCCAAACUGUCCAGUGUCCGAUUAACAUCUGUGCAAGACCAAACACUGCAAAUGUGUUGAUUUUUUUUUUUCUUUUUUUAAUGAAAACGCCACCAUAUGUAUACAUACCUGUUGUACGGUUUCGGCGUAAUUGGUACAAGUGGGCACUGAUUUUUAAAUGUGUACGCUGUACGUUCAAAAUCUGUAUGGUUUUCGUGCAUUUCGUUGUUUUUUUUCUGUGUUCGGAUUUUGUCACCGUUUCGACAAUGAGACAUUGUGUUUUACUAUGCAUUACUAUGUUGAUUGAAUGACGUGAGAAAAGUCAGAGACACAGAGAGAGAAGAGUGUUGUGACGCUGUUGCAAACGCGAUGCUAGGCUAGGUGGCUCCAAUAUUUUCCUGACUGUAGCCGACAGCCUACACCCAACAGUCUACGCCCACUUUUAUUCUGCCAAUUUGUUGCCAAACACAAUUUGCCUGCAACUAUUGCUGAUCACUUCUCAGAAUUAGCAAAAGAAAUGUUACCUGACUCAAAGAUUGCAUCGCAAGUUCAUUUUAUCAAUUGACCAUUUUAAUUUAUCAUUGGACACACUAACUACCUUGAAGUCAAACUGAAUUGCGAGCUUAAGUGCAGCCAUCAAAAGACAUGAUAGAAAUUGCCAAAAGUCCCUGUUAAUUUUUAGUAAUCAUGAUGUAGCUGAAGAUAUUGUUCUUUGAUUGCACCAGGUUAUAUGUAACAAUAUUACCAAUAAAUUCAUGUUAUUUUAAAAA